AUGGCUGGGAUCUUUCGCACCAUCUACGACUGGCUUCUGAGGAUGUUCUGGGCGACGGAGAUGGAUGUCACCAUGAUAGGCUUGCAAAAUGCAGGCAAAUCCUCGCUGCUGCGAGUGUUGGCGGGCGGGGAAUUCACCGUUGAUUCCAUCCCGACUAUCGGGUUUAACACCAAAAGAGUCCAAAAGGGCCAUGUGACGUUGAAAUGCUGGGAUUUGGGCGGCCAGCCGCGAUUUCGCCCCAUGUGGGAGCGAUACUGUCGAGGGGUGAAUGCGAUCGUAUAUAUCGUCGACGCCGCCGAUCGGAGCGCCUUGCCGGCCGCCACCGAAGAGCUGCAUGAGCUGAUGACCAAGCCCACGCUGGAUGGCAUCCCGUUGCUCGUGCUCGGCAACAAGUCCGACCUGCCGGUCAAGUUGUCGGUCGACGAACUAAUCGAUGCGAUGGACCUCAAGUCCAUCACACACCGCGAGGUCAGCUGUUACGGGAUCAGCGCCAAAGAGGAGACGAACCUCGACGCGGUCUUGCACUGGUUGAUCGCGCGGGCCAGUCGAUGA